UACGCGGAAAACCUGAGGGUUAGUAAUUGUGUCCGGACGUGGAACAAACAAUUUUGCUCUGCUAUCCAGUUCUCUCCGCCAUGGUUUCCCUCCGCUUCCCUUUCUCCUUCCAUGGGCCGAACAAACUCUUCACCCGUUCCGGCUCUUCCUCUUCUUAUCCAUCCCCUUCCCUUGCCUUCUCCGUUGGCGUUGUCUUCGGGCUGGGCGCGGGCCUCGCCAUCUCAACCACAGCCGGUCGGCUAGGCGACCACCUUCUGCCGAUCCGUAAUCUCUUCGAUGCAAGCAGUCGGCAGCUCUCCCCAUUGUGGGGUUCCUUGUCUUUGACGACCGGAAUCGCCAAUUUGGAGAACUCCGUGGUAGAUUCUCGCACUGGGGCAGAGUUUCCUCCGGUCUUGGACGGCUCCCGGAAGCUCCUGGGGAUUGGACUGCGAAGGAAAAACAUCAUAGGGAUCAAAAACAUCAAUGUGUACGCUUUUGGUGUUUACGUUGAUGAUAGCUCAAUAAAGCAAGUGCUUUCUGAGAAAUAUGGGUCUACGCAAUCCUCAGAACUGGAAGGAAAAGAACGGCUCUGUACAGAUGUUUUGGAGAAUGAUUUGUGUGUGACGGUUAGACUUAGUAUAGUGUAUGGCAGACUCAGCAUACGUUCUGUCAGAAAUGCAUUCGAAGAAUCAGUUGGUAACAGGCUUCGCAAAUUUAGUGGGGAUGAAAAUCGUGAGCUGCUUCAGCGAUUCACCUCACAGUUUAAGGAUGAAUUAAAAUUAUCUCGUGGAACUAUCAUUGAUCUUUCAAGAGAAAAGGGACAUGUUCUUCGAACAAAAGUUGAUGGCAAGGAGGUGGGCUGCAUUCAGAGCCAACUUUUGUGUCGUUCUAUUUUUGAUCUUUACAUUGGGGAAGAUCCCUUCGAUAAACAGGCCAAGGAUGAUAUCCAACGGAGUUUGGCAUCUCUCCUCGAGGGGUAGAUGGAAAAGAUUAUCAAUAUGAUGGUUUUUUGGCGGGCGGCCUUUAUGCAGGAUUUUCAGCAUCAGAAGACAUGGGAAUCCCUAACCUAAGAUUUUUCACUCCAAGAAUUUCAUCCUCACCUUCCCGUUUACAUCUUUCUCUCUCCGAUUUACUAACUUUCUGAACAGAGUGGUGAUCGUGACCAUUAUAUGGGCUGGGUUUAUGAGAAAUUUUAGCGUUUUUUGCUGUUUCAUCAUUAUUAUCAUUAUUUUCUUCUUUUUCUUCCACUUCUUCAAUUGGUGUAUAGUCAAACUUUCUUCUUUCUUCUUUCGUUUUUCUAGGUAUUACUGGAGAACCUGUUGAAAAGAAUUACUCUCUCGCUUUUUUUUUUGUUUCACUGUGUAGAUUCAAGGUUGAGUUUUGAGUGAAUUUGUAGAGUGAAGUGCAUAGGAUGUAUCCCCUUUUUUCUAAAACCGUCUUGGAGCUCCGUUUCUCCCCUUUUAGGGGUUUGGGAGCUAGUGAGGUUUUCAUUUUUCUUUUAACAUAUUUGAUUUAUCUUAUUCA